UUCAACAUCUUAGAGCUGGCGAAAGACGGACGCGAUAUGUACGUAGCACGAUGCUCAUCACCUCGCGAGUAUCGUCGUGCGCUGGCGCAGCUCAAAGCGCAGAAGAUCGGACACAUCAUCGUGCACACAAGGCCUGAUCACAUGACCCAUCUUAAUAGAGCUAUUCUUCAGUUGCAAAUGAACAACGAAAAUUACCAUUACAUAUUUACCUCAUUUGACAUGGAGCUGUUCGACCUUGAAGAUUUCUUCUAUAACCGAGUAAACAUGAGCGGAUGGAGGAUUAUAGAGAGAGAGUCUAACAAAGUCAAAGAGACACUGCAGGUCAUGGAGAAGUUUCAUCCUAUCGGGGCUUCUAUUCUUAGCGGAGGACAUAUUAAGACGGAACCAGCCUUAAUCUACGAUGCAGUACAAGUCCUUGCCCUCGCGUUGGCCAACACAAAAGACAUCAGCCCUACUAACACAUCUUGCGAUACUGAAACUCCUUGGUCGCAGGGUAGCGCCUUGUUGGAGAACAUUAAUAAGGUACAAACACAAGGACUCUCCGGUCCAAUAGAGUUCACCUCCGGCCUCCGCACGAACUUCAAUCUUCAACUAAUGAGACUAAAAGGGGGUGAAGACGGAGGAUCAAUUCUCUCCGGACAUUGGACUCCAAAUGAUGGGUUGAUUAUAACUGAUCCCGCAGCUUACAAGAGAAAUCCUCCACCUAAUGUUACACUUACUGUAGUGACUGUAGAGGAAAAACCCUACGUAAUGGUAAAAGAAGGCUGGAAUCUUCAAGGCAACGCUAGAUUCGAAGGAUUCUGCAUAGAUCUGCUGGCCAGAGUGGCAGCCCGGGCUGGGUUCCAAUACAGACUGAGACUGGUCCCUGAUAACAUGUAUGGGGCGAGAGAUCCUGUCACAGGACGCUGGAACGGCAUUGUUAGGGAACUGUUGGAUAAGACGCGAGGAGUCUUCGUAACGCUUUUAUGCGGGUUGGUGCUAGCCAUUGUCGUGGCCAUCUUGGAAUUCUGUUGGAACACGAAGAAGAAUGCUUCGCAAGGUCGACAGUCGCUUUGUAGUGAGAUGGGAACUGAGCUCCGCACCGCGAUGCGUGGAGGCAGCGCAACCCGUACAGCGUUAAGAGGGGGAUGCUCAAGGUGUUCGUCGCACACGCAUGUGCCUACUGCAGUGCCUGCCAACUCCAGAUUUGAGAUCCAAGACGCCACAAACUCCGUGGAACUACGCGACCUUCGCUGGUCGUAG